CCGGAAGCGCGCCGGUGGCGCUGGGGCGGCCGCGGACAUGUGCAGGAUGUCCUUCAAGAAGGAAACUCCACUUGCCAACGCCGCAUUCUGGGCAGCAAGGAGAGGAAACCUGGCUCUACUCAGGCUGCUGCUGAACAGUGGUCGGGUGGACGUGGACUGCAGGGACAGUGUACGGAUUGAUUCAUGCGGUAUUUGCAUGCCAAGAGCAUGCCAUUUCCCCCGUUGGCAAAAGAGCAGCUCAUCAACACAUUUCCCUUUUCAGUGCUUAUGUACUUUUUCAUGUGUUUGCUUGCUUUAUCCUUUUCAAAAAUUCCAAGCAUGGCACCACGCUCCUCAUGGUGGCCGCCUACUCUGGCCACAUAGACUGUGUGAGGGAACUGGUCCUGCAAGGAGCAGACAUCAAUCUCCAGAGAGAGUCAGGUACGACCGCCCUGUUCUUUGCUGCCCAACAAGGACAUAAUGACAUCGUGAGAUUUCUCUUUGAAUUUGGAGCAUCCACUGAGUGUAGGACCAAAGAUGGGGGCACUGCCCUUUUGGCCGCCAGUCAGUAUGGGCACAUGCGGGUGGUGGAGACCUUGCUGAAGCAUGGAGCCAAUAUCCACGACCAACUUUAUGAUGGAGCCACUGCACUCUUCCUAGCUGCCCAAGGUGGUUACUUGGACGUUAUCCGAUUACUUUUGUCUUCAGGAGCAAAAGUCAACCAGCCAAGGCAGGACGGCACGGCGCCGCUGUGGAUCGCGGCGCAGAUGGGCCACAGCGAGGUGGUGAGGGUGAUGCUCUUGCGCGGAGCCGAGCGCGACGCCGCGCGCAACGAUGGAACAACAGCAUUACUGAAAGCUGCCAACAAAGGGUAUAAUGAUGUUAUAGAGGAGUUGCUGAAAUUCUCACCCACCCUUGGUAUCUUGAAGAACGGGACGUCAGCGCUCCACGCAGCAGUGCUCAAUGGGAAUAUUAAAACAGUCGCGCUGCUCCUGGAAGCAGGGGCAGACCCAGCCCUGAGAAACAAGGCUAAUGAACUUCCAGCAGAACUAACCCAAAAUGAACGGAUAUUGCGUCUCCUCCGAAGUAAAGAAGGACACAGGAAGAGCUAACUUAGUUUAAUAUUUGACUGAAAGAUAGGAACCUUAAUCACAUUGUCCAAAGAGAAAUUGCAUUUCCAAUAAUGUUGGAAAUUCCUUUAAGAAAGAAAAUGCCUAGAAUGCCCAUCCUGGGUCCCUGACCAAGAAGAGCUGAGCCUUCUGCCCUGAGUCAAGAACAGAGCAGCUCAGGUACUCCUUCUCCUCACUUACAUGGGCCUCUCCAGUGGAGCCUGGCAGAUUCAUGCAUUCCAAAGAAACUCUUUAAACUACACUAACUUGGGUCUCUCAGUUAAAUGCUAAGAGUUAAACCCUCUAAGAAGUUUAAACAAGAAGACAGAAAGACUAAAAGUCUGACCUUCAAUGAAUCAAAGUACUUUUGUAUUCAAUGUAAGUGCUAAAAGAUAUAGCUCCAUUAUAUUUUACAUAUAUAUGUAUGUCACUCCAGUGUAAAAUGUUUUCUUCUAUUCAAGGAUCAUUCAUAGUCAUGAUAUUAUGAAUCAAGAAUGUGCAAAGUUACACUAUUAAAAAGCCACUUCUAACAUUCCACCAUGUGUUUUUCAAAGAUGAACAGUUGAACUAUAAAAGACAUUGUUAAAAAAAAAAAAAAAGACAUUGUUCAUUUGUGAGUUGAUACUCAAAUUAUUCCUAACAUGUAAAGUUCAUUUUUACCCAAAGUCAAUAUUAUAGGUAUGGUAAGAUAGAAGUGGCAAGUUUGAAAGUUCAGAAAAUUACAAACCGUAAGAAAUUUAGACUUUGUCUCCUUGAGCUUUUAUUUUGAUUGUAUUGCUGGGAAUCUGUUUCCCAUGCCAUGACUAAGCAGACUUAAUGUCAUGGAAACUUGAACUUGCAACACCACAUUGCUUGAUACAAUGACUUUGAGAUUCUUGGAUAAAAUGUGUUCUAUGCAAGUACAAUAUGUUGCUAUUACUAUUGCAGGAGUAUAAAUAAAAGACUGCUAAUAGUG